CCUCUUCGCUUUUAACGAGUUUCAGUUCUCCGGAUACGAUGUACGCGAAUGGUCACGCGGUUGGGAACGUACAACUCAUUGCUGCCACUGCAAACAUACAGAAGUGAUCGCCAAAAGGUGCUGCCCCGAGGUGUGACGUCGUCUCCUGGGCAGAAGAAGAUUCCCACCUGAGUUGAAGAACCUGUGCGAGGUGCUGACAAAGAUAGUGCGGGCUGUGUGCAAUCACUACGAGUUCGGUUUAGUGCGAGGGGACACUCCAAACCAGAUUCUAGUCCCAUCGAUGUGUGUGAUUGGUUCUUUGUGCGCUUGAUUCGAAGGGUGUAAUUAUAAAUAUUUCGUGCAUAGAAGACCCAAAGAGCAAGGUAAUUGAUACGGCUCACAGCAGCAGCAGCAGUAUCAUCAGCACUCGUGCUUAUAUUAGGUCUCAAAAUGCGCAUACUCGCCCCAGUAGGAUUAGUAGUUUUAGUAAUAAUAUCGUACUGCCAAGGUCAAAACCAAGACUCAACGGUUGGGUCAACGCCGGAAAAUCUCGCCGCAGUGUCCCAAAGUGUAACUAACUUGGCCCAGAAGAUCAGUCUGGCCAUAGCGAACCCGAAAAGCAAAACGGAAAUAUUCUCUCCGGUCAGCAUAGCGGGAGCGCUGUCUCUGCUGUUGCUUGGUUCCGGUGGUGCCACCAGAGAUGAGCUCAUCAACGUGAUGGGAUUCCAGAAUAGCCGGCUAUCGUUCACCGAUAUCCACAAAAGCUUCGGUCGGCUAUUCCAGGAUCUGGUCUCGAACGAACCUGCUCAGAAUGUGAACAUCCCGUGGCGGGCCAACGACAAGUGCAACAAUUACGAUUACGACGAGGAAGACUAUGUGCAGCAGAAGCCAUCGAGUCCUCAGCGAGGCAGGCGAGAUACCGACUCGCACUUCAUAUCGGUGGCGAAUGGCAUUUUCGUCGAUCACAGCCUUCCUUUGAAUCCUCGAUACGUGAGGUUAACAAAGCAGCUAUACGCUGGAGAAAUCACUCCACUGCCAUUGUACAGUGAUCCAACACAGUCCGCAUUCGAAAUCAACCAAUGGGUUCAACAGGCCACGAGAAACAAAAUUCAGGAAAUUGUAUUCCCUGACCAAGUGAGCAAUACUCCGAUGGUGCUAGCCAAUGCAUUAUACUUCAAAGCCAACUGGGAAACUAUGUUCAUCGAAAAGGAUACUCGACCAAGGCCCUAUUUUCUCAACGGUCGAAACGCUGCUCCGAUCGACAUUGAUACUAUGGCCACGUCCGGAUGUUUUCCAUUUUACGAUGAUAAGCAACGCGAUGCCAAAAUCGUUGGAUUGCCUUAUAAGGAAGGCAAGACAACCAUGUAUAUCAUCCUGCCGAACAACUCCGACCGACAAAAGAUUAGACAGCUUCAAACGACCCCACUACGAGAUUGGGAUAACAUCAUUGAUCAGAUGGUUGUGAAAACAGGGACAGUGCUACUGCCCAAAAUGAAGAUUGAAAAUACCUUAGGUCUUCGAGAUGUUCUGGUCUCCUUAUCGCUCCAUCGUGUUUUCAAUCCAGAGUUGAGUAAUCUUUCCGCGAUAACCAGAGAUGAUCCUAUCUUCAAUGACAUGAAUCGACGAAAAGGUAGCAGACCAACCCGACUCCCAAACCAGACAAAUCGACCAACAUCAGCUAAAACAACUACCGAGCCAACGACAAAUAGACCUACGCAGCAAAGUAGCGCACAAUGGGUUCCAGUUCCUCUGAAAGCCUCUGAGUGUGAAAUGGCGAAUAACUGCAUCUAUGACGGAAACCGUUGCAACUGUGACCCGAAUCAGCAGUUGACUGAUGAGCAAAAAGGAUGCCAUUCGAAGCCACUGAUUGUGCAGUAUAACUGUCCACGCGAGAAAAAAUUCCUUGGUUUUCAAAAUUUGCAAGUCUGCCUGGUGGAAUGGUAUGAUAAAGAGCAACAAUGCACCAGAGGUUGCUACAAUUAUAGAGAGGGUGUAUGCUUCUGCUGCCGUUCCUCCGCAACGGCAAGCCAACAACAACCGAACAAUCGAUCGCCAGCGGAAUUUCAAUCACCACACCAGCCCGGAUAUCAGCAGAGUCUUGAACAAUCAUCCGAACCGAACGUGUCUGCGCUAGAUAUUGCAAAUCGUUUCAAUCCAUCUGAUUAUUCUACUACUGCAUCGCCUUUCAUCAAAAAUUGCCAACAGUUCACAAAAUGUGACUCUUGGGGUAACUGUCAUUUAUCGAUAUUCUGUGCCCUGGUGAAUCAGUCCAGUCGAAAGAAACGACAGGCGGAAAACUCUCCGGCGCCAAAGCUAUUUGUAUCGGACGUCCUACACAAAGUCCACCUGGACAUCAACGAGCAAGGAACGGAGGGAGGCGCAGUGACGGCAAUUGUUAUUGAUCGGAUUUCAUCGUCGUUCAACCUACGGAUCGAUGGACCAUUUUUGAUGUACCUGCGGAAUGACGUCACCAAGUUGCCCUUGUUUUACGGAGCGGUGUUCGACCCUAGAGCUUGAUGUGAUGCGUUGGAUGAAACUUAUUUACUGAGAUUUUUUUCAAUAAAAGUACAAUCUAUAUUCUAUACUAGCAAACUGGAUAGAUUUUAU